AUGGUUUCAGGCUUCUGGAUCUUCUGUGACAUUAACACAGUACAACAACGAAUUUCGUGUCCCCAAGACACAUUACGAAAGAAGAGACUUAAAGACCAGGUCUAUCAGCCACUAACAGCCUCUUAUUCCAGGCCUUGUUCUAGUCGGCUGGUACAUCAAAAUUCCCAAUUUGAAGAGCUGUAUGCCCGAGACGCAGCAGCGAUUGAGGCUAGUCAAGGACUUGUUUUAAGACGUAGUGGACAAUACAUCCGUAUCGAUUAUAAUAUCAAGGUAAGGAAACUGAAGAAACUACCUGGACCUAACUACACUGCUGCUAUGGCAGUUUAA